AUGUCCGAUCCUGAAGCUACUAUAACAGAAUCUCUCACACAAGAACAAAUCUGUGAUCAAAAACUUCCUGAGUUUAUAUGUUCUGAUAACUAUCAAUACGCAUUUGAAGGGUUUGAACGGACUGGACCAAUAAAAUGUACAUAUGCCUCGUGUGUCUGGCCGAAGUUUGUAGAAAGCGUGAAUAAUAUGUAUCUUAAUGAAAUAAAAAAAAUUGAUCUCGAAAAAAAUCCCGUUCAAAUACUAACUUAUGAAUCAGCGGAACAACUGGAGCGUUUGUUUGAAAGAAAUAUACUAAAUACUCUAAAAACGGCUAUGUAUAAUCCGAGGGACUUUGUUUAUCAUGAAAAUACAGAAACUUACGUCACAAAACCAUUCCAUUGGACUGUAUCACACCAACCAACGGUUCUCGAUCCCAAAGAGAGAAUAUUUUCAAUAAUAUCAAUAAAAUCAGACAAAGACAUACCCUUAAACGAGAAAGAUCUUGAGAAACCUAGUAAUUUUUUGCAUUCGGACAACAAUAGUUUUGCAUAUCACGUCGAAAAUCUUAUGAAGGAAAUGCAUAACCUAAAAACAAUACAUGGUGUUUUAACCACAUGUAAAUAUACUUGGUUCCUGCGCUAUCAACAGACCUGUGAUUGGUUUUUGAUAUCACCAGCAAUAAAAUCUGAUGCAUCACUUAUUAAAAGCUUUAUCUACUUUACACUUAGUUCAAAAUUUUAUAUAGGUAUCACAGAGGAUGCGGAUGCGUCAAGAGAGAAAUCAGUCGAUGUAACAUUGGGCGACUAUAGAUUGACGCUUAGUAUACUAAGAGCUUGA